AUGCUGGCUGUCAUCGUGUACGGUUUACUGCUCCUGAAGGCCUCCUUAGGAGAGCUUCAACUGCAGGAGUCAUCCGCUCGCAUGUCCUCGAAUGUGACCCAGAUUGGCGAAGCGAACCUGAGCAGUAUCCUGCACUCGAACGAAGUGGUGUUUGUCAACUUCUACGCGGACUGGUGCUACUUCAGUGUCCUCCUGGCGCCCAUAUUCGAACAGGCGGCUGCCCAUCUGAAGCUUGAAUUUCCGGAUGCGGGAAAGGUGCUCCUGGGACGGGUGAACUGUGCCCGGGAAACGGAGUUGGCCGACUUGUACAACAUCCAGAAGUUUCCCACGCUGCGGCUCUUUUAUAAAGGACAAGCCACACGACGGGAGUACCGUGGUCAGAGGUCCUUGGAGGCCUUGGUCAAUUAUGUGAAAUCGCAUUUUCAGUCGGAGAUAGUUGAGUUCCAAGAACCUGAGGAUCUGGCCAUUAUCGAUCCCUAUAGGAGAUCCGUGAUAGCCUAUUUCGAGAGUGAGGGUUCUGCCCAUAAACUUUACCAACACCUGGCGGAUCGCUUUAAGCAGGAUUGCGACUUUUACCAAAAAAUAGGCAAAGUGGAGGAGGGACGUCCACCGGUAAGUUUAACCUUCCGGCCGGACGUGGCCCGCACUUAUAGUCAGGACGAAGAAUACAAAGGCGAUCCUGGCGACUCCAAACAACUGGAGUCAUGGAUCCUGAAUAAAUGUGUGCCACUGGUGCGAGAAAUAGACUUCAGCAAUGUGGAGGAGUUGAUUGAGCAGCGACUACCCCUGGUGCUGCUCUUUCACCUGCCCAGCGAUCUGAAGUCAGUCAAGGAUUUCCGUGCCAUUGUGGAGGCUCAGAUGCCGGAGAUGCGCGGCCAGUACAACUUUGGCACCGUUGACGGUGUGGAGUUCGAGCACUCAGUCCGCCAUAUGGGCAAGUCUCGAAAGGACCUGCCAAUCGUCGCCAUUGAUUCGCUUAAGUUUAUGUAUCCAUUUCCGAGUUUCGAAAACAUUUACAGGCGGGGGCAGCUCAAGAAGUUCCUAGAGGAUUUCCUCGGCCAUCUUAAGAAGGAAGAUGUACGGAUGACAGAGGCCACGGCAAAGGAGGGGCAAGAUACCAAGCCACCCCGAUCCACCUUCAAGGAUCUGGGACCCUCUAAGUACCGGUACUCGUUACUCCAUGAUGAGCUGUGA